AGAAGGAAGUAAUGCUUCCUGUAUGAAGGAUGGCAAUUUUGACCUUUUAGAAGCAGGUCAUGAUCUGUCUACAAGAUGAAAAUAGAGCAAGACAAACUGCAGUAGUAAUACCAACCCGUUCUCCGAAAGCAUAGUUCAAAGUAAGAUUAUGGCUCGUGGACUGCAGAUAAGAGAUGAAGAAAGUGGCUAUAAUAAAAAUCUAUUUUGCAUUCCCAAGCAUUAUGAAGAAGACUUAGAAAGAGUCUUCAUUCCUCAUGGACUCAUCCUCGACAGGACGGAACGUUUGGCUAGAGAUAUCAUGCAAGAUAUGGGAAGCCAUCACAUUGUUGCACUCUGUGUCCUUAAAGGAGGCUAUAAAUUCUUUGCUGAUUUGCUGGACCACAUAAAAGCACUAAAUCAAAAUGGUGAUAAAUCUGUGCCUAUUACUGUGGAUUUUGUUAGAAUAAAAAGCUACUGCAAUGAUUCACCUACAGAAAAAAUCAGUAUUGUUGGCGAGGAACUGUCUACACUAAAUGGGAAGAACAUCUUAGUAGUAGAGGACAUUAUCGAGACUGGUAGAACAAUGAAAGCACUACUUUCAAAACUCAAAGAAAACAAACCAAAUACAGUAAAAGUUGUAAGCCUGCUUGUUAAAAGGACAAAUCAAAGUCCAGGUUACAGACCAGACUAUAUAGGCUUUGAAAUUCCAGAUAAAUUUGUGGUUGGAUAUGCUCUUGAUUACAAUGAAUACUUCAGAGAUCUAAAUGUAAAGAUUGACUGAAGUUGUUGUUUGUUCUAGCACAUCUGCAUUCUGAAAGAGAAAGCCAAAGAGAAAUAUAGAAUCUGAUAACAUCAGUCUUCUGGAACAAUAGUUCAGUGGCAUGUACAGCUGCAUGGAUGAGUAGUAAGAAGCAAUCUACUAAUUGUGUUCUUUUCACUGAACAAGUACAACAUUUUCUGAAGAUAUUUUUCUAUAUUUUUUUCCUAUAUUUAUUAUAGAAAACAGGUUAAAGAUGAAUGAGUUCUGUUCAAGUUUCAGUGAAAUCUGAACAGAACGCUGGCCAUGAAAUGGAUAUAUACUCUGCUGGAAUCACAGGGGACACAGCCAGGACAUGUACAUGUGUAUGUGAUUAUGUUUGGGUUUUAAUUUACUAUAUGAAGUAACACAUUAUGUGUAUUGUAUAUAAACUGCACUUGAUUUUACAUGUGAGCUUGUGUGUAUAAAUAUAUACGCUGGUACAUUUACAUAAGGCACAGGCUGAGUAAGCAUUUAAGGACAUGAGGUUAAUUAGGUCAACUGUACAAAAUGCAUACCACAUGGAAAACACAUUUGGUUCCUUAGCUUAAUACAAUGAAAAAACAGUAAACAUUAACAUAACUAGUGAUUAGUUCUUACACAUUCCACGAUCAGUUCUCACACAUUCCACGUAGUGUCACGUCGGGUGUUGUGUCUUGCUUUUUGAGAGAUCAUGUGUUUAUUGUACCAUUGUGGUAUUACUUGAAAUGCAGGUAACACUGUUCACUAGCUGUUAAGCCUGGAUGAUGAACCAUUAUAGCAGGAAAUUACUUCGGCUCCUUGUGUCCCCCCAGUAAGAACUGGAAGCUAAAUAUUACUGCCCAAAACCUGCACCAAACCUGAGCCAAUCUCUACCACCUCACUGUUUCCUGCCUGCACUAAAUAAUUAAAAUAAGCUUUGAGA